GCUUCAAUCAUCGCAACCGAAUUGUGUCGUGUACAACUCGCGCUAGAACGCAGCAAGCCGCGCUCGUCAGGUUCUUAUCGGUCAAUGAAAAUGACAUCGUCGUAGUAGGCAACUUUGCAGAACGCGCCGCAAGAACGUCGCGCCGAUCCUCGUUGUCGUCGUCGCCUACUUGGGUGGUGUUCUUGAACGACGGCGAUCUUACGCGAAGCCGACGACGACGACGACGACGGGUUCUAGUUGAGUGGGUGGUAAAAUUCAAAGUUCACAGGGAGAAAUGGAAAUGAAAAUUCACUGCAUUAUCACUUUUAUAUAAAUAGGUAGCCGGGUUGCCGAGGUGGUAAUCAGUUCCCUCCUGGUGUUCGCUCCGCGACGAUCAAGUUCACUUCGCAAAGUCGGUUCCCAAGUCGAUUAACCCAGUAAGCACGUGUGGAAUAGAGCGAUGUUACGAAAAGAGGCGCUAGUGCUAGUGAUGGUGGCCACGUGGCUGAUCGCGUUGGUAGACUCCGGUGUGAUCCUUCGGGAUGAAAAUGAAGUGGGGGGCAGUGAAGACGAGAUCGAUCUGACCGAGUUGGGGUUGGAUCUGUACGGUGAACCGGACAUGGCGACUGGGAAGUUGGUGGAGAAUUACGAUCCGGAAAAGGAUGGCGUCAAUCCGGAGGAGCUGGGAUCAUACGUCGAGGGAGAUAUACUGAUCAACAGGCCAGCCGGUAGGAACGGGAUGGCAGACAAGAGUACGAGAUGGCCGGGUGGUGUGGUACCGUUCGUGAUCAGCGGGAAUUUCCGAGCCAGCGAGAUGCAGAUGAUCGAGGACGCCAUCAACCAGUACCACAAGAACACCUGCAUCAAGUUCGUGCCUCGGAUGGGCGAACGGGACUACAUUUCGAUCGAGAGCAGCAACAGCGGCUGUUGGUCCAGCGUUGGCCGGGUCGGCGGCAAACAGGAGGUCAACCUGCAGAUGCCCGGCUGUACCACCAAGGUCGGCACGAUCGUGCACGAGCUGAUGCACGCUCUCGGGUUCCUGCACGAGCAGAACCGCUCGGAACGGGACGACUGGGUACGCAUCCAGACCCAGAACAUCCAACGCGGCACGGAGAACAACUUUUCCAAAGCGAAGGCCGGAACUACGGAUGGGUUCGGCGUUGCCUAUGACUACGGCAGCGUAAUGCACUACUCGGCGAAGGCUUUCUCGUCCAACGGACAGGACACGAUCGUGGCCAAGCGUCCCACCAAUGGUGUCACGAUGGGUCAGCGAGACGGUUUCUCCCGUAGCGACAUCGAGAAGGCCAACCGGAUGUACCGUUGCGGGGAAGGUGGUUCGAGUAGUCCUCCGAUCUCGCUGCCGUUCCCAAUUCCUGGAUUCCCGGGGGCGGCCGGUGGAAUGCCGGGUGGACCCAGUAACUACCCUGGCGGACCGGGAUUACCGGGGGGCUACUAUCCAAACGGUGUGCAUCCGGGAUAUGGUGGAUUUGGUGGCCCGGGGUAUCCUUAUGGCAACGGAUAUCCGGGACCGUACGGUUAUGGACGUGACGAAAACAAAUAGAACCAGGAUUGAAUAAAGUAACGAAGUGUUUUUGUACUACAU